CAUUGCUGCGAUAUAUUAUAAAACGCGACGGUUCGACGGCUUGCGACUGAGCUGCCGUUUAGAAUCUGCUGUAGGGACUAUAUAUCGACAAAAUGUCUCAAGCCGAGACCGAAGAGGGAGGGGACUUUGUGCUGCUGGUCUCAUCAGACGGAUACAAAUUCUCGAUUUCGCGCAAGGCAGCCAUGGUGUCUGGUACACUUCAGAGAAUGUUUGAGGGUGCUGGUCUUGAGUCGCAGUCCAAUCGGGUUAUCUUGAAAGAUAUCAAUGGCGUCCUCCUCGAGAAAGUAUGCGAAUACCUUUGCUACAAUUUGAAGCACCAGAACAAUCCGGGAAAUAUUCCAGAGUUUGAAAUUCCUCCUGAAAUGGCCCUUGAGCUCCUUGUAGCCUCGGAUUUCUUGGAUGUAUAAAUGUAUAUCGGGUUUAUGAUUCUAUAGGGGUCAAUUGUACAUUAUUUCUCAAACAUGCUA